GGGUUAGAGUCGGUCUCUCAGACCGGCCUGAGCAGGUUCGCCUCCACUCCAGCCCGCCGCUUCAUUUGACUGACAGGAUUUCCAUACAGGUGCUGCUCCUCCCUCCGUGUUUGACUACCAAACACAGCGGCGCCACUGAUCUCUCCCGGGAGAAGAGAAAGGGAGUGUCGGCUGGAAGAGAAGAGGAUAGAGCGAGAACGGGAGGGAGUGUCUGAUAGAAGAGAGGAAGGUAGAGUGAGUGAGGCAGUUCCACAGGCAGACGAUAGAAGCGGAUUGAUCUCCUGUCUACCGGGAGAUGCUCGAGCGUUCCUGACUGUCCGAUCUCUCCACGGUUCGUUCCCGUUAGAGCUCGAGGCCUCCACUGUCUGUCUUCGGUAGUUUGGGGUUAGUCGCGUGCCGUCUGUCCGGUCCAUACGCUAACCGGCGCUGCAGCUCAUCUGGAACCGAACACAACCUCGCGACUAGAACUAUCAGGUCUCCGGUAAAACGAUGGAGGACUUGGACCUUCCUCAGAUGAAAAGAGAGGUGGAGAGUCUUCAGUACCAGUUGGCCAUCAGCAGAGAGAAAUCCUCCAUCACUGUUACUGAGCUGGUGAAAUGGAUCGAGGGGUGUGUGUGUGACGACCCCUUCCUGAACCCAGAGCUGAUGAGGGCCAACCCCUGGGUGGAGAAAGGCAAGUGUGUGAUCCUCUAGCGGAGACACACACGGAUACACUGAGACACACACUGACACAUGGACACACACACACUGACACAUGGA